UGCUGUAUAUAGGAGGUGUUAUUUGUUUAGUGUUUAACGUCCUGCUAUGAGUAACAACAUCGUUUCUGAAUGGUUGCUUUCACUUCACCUCGGCCAAUAUGCCGAAAGUUUUAUUGACAAUGGUUACGACGACUUAGAAAUAUGCAAGCAAGUUGGGGAUCCCGAUCUGGACGCUAUCGGUGUAUUAAAUCCGGUCCAUCGAAGCAGGUUAUUGGAAUCCGUGAGAACAUUACGUGAAGAAGGUGCCGCUUCCAUUUAUUUUACUUUAGAAGAAAGUACAGCUAUUCACGAUGAGUGUUUAUGUGAUAACGCGAGUGCACAAUCGUCCCAUACGACUUCUUCAGGCCGUUGUUCUGAAAAAGGUAGUGCCGCAAGUGCUUGUAUAAAUGUUGCGGGAGACACCGUUUGUGACAGUAAUAAAUACGUGGACGAAUAUGAAGAAGGCAAGGCCGAAUUGGUCAAAAUUCCUCGACUGCAGUUAAAGAUACUUCUGCGAGAGAACCUAAACCAGGAUGGUAUACGUCUUAGCUGCCAACCUUACUCUACCACGGUGAGUGAACCGUCCAUGUGCUGUGUUGUACCUACGACAGCUUCUUAACAUAUUCAACAAUGA